AUGGCUACUCCUCUUCCCAUUUCCAACUCCGACGAUAUGCGUAUCCUCAUCAUCGGCGCGGGUAUCACAGGCCUGAUUCUAGCACAGUCGCUGAAGAAGGCAAACAUCCCCUACACCAUCUUCGAAAAAGAAACCUCCCUCAACUACCGCAGCAACGAAUGGACCAUGGCCAUCCACUGGUCCCUCGACCGCCUACGCACCCUCCUCCCCACCGACCGCUACACCCACAUGGAAUCCGUCUCGUGCAACCCCAACAUCCCCAUCACCGCCGGCGGAAACUACCCAAUCAUCCACGGCGAAUCAGGCCACUUACUCGCUGGUGUACCCUACGCGAAGGGUCUGCGCGUCCCACGCUCCAAAAUGCGGGAUCUGUGCGCCCACGGCAUCGAUGUCCAGUAUGGGAAGAAUCUCGUCGAUGUGGCGUUUUGUGAGAGUGGGAAUGGGGUUGUGGCGUUUUUUGAUGAUGGGAGUGUGGUUAGGGGGUCGAUGGUUGUGGGGGCGGAUGGGCCGAGAAGUAAGGUUAGGGAGUUUGCGAUGGGCGGGGUGGAAGGGGCAAAAGUUAGUCGGUUUCCGAUUUUUCAUACGAAUAUGACGGUUUGUUAUGGGGAUGAAGGGAAGGCGAGGUUUGUGAGGGAGAGGUUCCCGACGAGCUUUUUGGCGUUGAGUGAGAGGGAGUUUCAUGCUUUUCAGUCUAUUUCGAGUAUGCCAGAUGGGCCGGAUCAUCCGGAGACGUGGAUCUUUCAUCUCGCUAUGGCUUGGUUCAUGGACCAUGGUCAGCCCGCGACAUAUCGGGAACGACUCGAGAUGAUCCGUGAAAAGGCCCAGAGUUUGGCCGAGCCGGCUAGGUCGUCCUUUACGUGGAUUCCUGAUGAUACGCAGGUCCAUAAAGCGGAUAUCAGUUACUGGGUUACGCAGCCGUGGGAUAAUCGUCAGGGACGGUUGACUUUGGUGGGUGAUGCUGCGCAUCCGAUGCCGCCGUAUCGUGGUCAAGGGCUUAAUCACUGUAUUUGCGAUAUUUCGCAUCUGUGGAAUGGUAUUCAGCAGGUGGUUGCGGGGACGGCGAGUCUGGAGGAGGUGGUUACUGCUUACGAGGCGGAAAUGGUCCCUCGGGGUAGGGAGGAGGUCAAGUGCUCUGUCGAGAAUGGGUAUAUGUUGCAUGAUUGGGAUCAGAUUCGGGAGAGUCCGGUCUUUCGUCAGGGUUUCCGGCCCAUGACUGGUCAUGAUAAGGGGUCGGUGGAUGAGCAUGAAAAGAUGCAGCCGGUUGAUAUUGCUGCGAACUGA